AUGGCUACAAUUGCUGACCAGUUAUCGAGUGCAGCAGCCAGAGGGGACCUGCAGCUAGCAAGAACCAUGUUAGAAGAGGGUGCAGAUCCCAAUGUCAGAAACUCUUUUGGAAGGAGCCCCAUACAGGUUUGUGGGUGCAGGGAAGGAGGAAAGAUGACCCAAUAAAAAAAAAAAAAUUAAAAAAAAAAAUGUAUAUAUAUAAAUAUUCUGUGAUGCCUUUCUUAGCUUACCUACUUUAAUAAAUAUAUACACAAAAGUUGAAUGAGGCAGGGGGAUGGGGGAUUGAAUGCGGGGCUUAUUCACUAAACAGCGAAUUUUUUUAAUUUUGUUUCAUGAGCUGACAACAGACAUAAGCAAAGCUACCUAAGAUUUUCCCAGGAUGACUUGUGUUUUUUAGCUAUUUAUUUUAUGAACGAAUUUGCUAUGAAUUUACAAAUGACUGGUGCCAGAAUUACAAUUACUGAAUUAAAAAGGAAAGGGAGCAUAUAAUUUUACUACUACACUUUACUUGUUUACACAUUUUAGAUAAAGUGUAAUUAAAACAAGAAUGGACAGUUAAAAUUAAACGCAAAUUAAUUAUUAUAUCUUAAAAAUGAACUGAACUUUUAGCAGGAUUAUUCACUAAAGUCGCCGUGCUUUUAUUUCGGUUACUCUGGUCUUAACUAUGUAAUUCCCUUUAUUCUAACUUUAGUAAGUAUCCCUGCAAGUUCACUUUAAGUAUACAUACAAAAGCAGAAAGUGGAAAUAUAGGGGGAGAAGUCUGGGGGUUAUACUCAUUAAACCAGAAUAGGCGAUUUAAAUUAAACAUAAUUAUUAUAAUUAAGUGACAACAUAAAAAUCUUGUUUCUAUUAUAAUUCAUGAAAAAUCUGGAAUUCAAAAAUAGUGAAUUUCGCAGCCAAAAUAGACAAGGGGGAGGGAGUGUGGAGGGGGAAUUAGUUAGCUGUAUUUUCAUUACAGUAAUUUUGAUAUAAAUAUCUAUCUAGCUAUAUAUAUACCCAUCCGUAAAAAGUGACAGCACUCCAUGAUAUUACAAAAAAUUUAAUAUCAUAUUUUUAGCAACAUUGUUCCAUCACCCAGAACCGAAAGAAGAGUGGUAUCGCAUAAUGAUGCGGAUUAAUAGAACUGAUCCCAAAUAAGGUGAUCGCAUGUCCCCAACAAAGAAUAAAUAUGGUGAAGUACACGUAUUCUAGAGAACAGUAAAUAACUAUUUUAGAGUAACAUUAAAUUAUUUUCUAUUACAUUUUAAUACACUGCCCUUAUUAUUUUUAUACAUGUACCGGCAGGUGAUGAUGAUGGGAAGUUCUCAGAUGGCACAACUCCUGAUUGAUUAUUUGGCUGACCCAAAUAUCGCGGACCCAUCCACAGGAAUGACUCCAGCCCACGAUGCAGCCGGCUCUGGCUUUCUGGAUACCCUGCUAGUGCUGCUCCGCGGGGGAGCGUACCUGCACCGACCACUAGACAACUGGGGGAGGUGUCCAGUGGACCUGGCCAGCGCACAGAUGAUGGACAGUCUGUCAGAGCUAGGCUUAGUCUGA